AUGUACAUGUUUUAUCGUCAAUAUAAUUCUCCAUUAAAUAUUUCUUCUUCAAAUUACCAGAGAUGGUAUCAAAGAUUUAUUGAAGAAUACGAAUUGAAAGAAAUACCUUAUGAUGAUUUGAAGAGAAAGAAAAGAUUAGGAUGUGGAGGUUUUGGAAUGGUAUAUUUAGCAAAAUCUAGCUCAUUAGGUCAUGUAGCUAUUAAAGAAGUAAGAUCAGAAACAGAUGAAAAGGCUCAAAAACUUUUUAUUAAUGAGCUAAAACAACUUAGUAGAUCUAACCAUGUGCGAAUUAUUAAAUUUUAUGGAAUUAGUUUUAGUUAUGAUGCAUCUCUUCCAUUGAAAAUUAUUCAAGGUUUACGUGAAAAACCAAUUCUUGGAACACCUAUCCAAUACAUAGAUCUCUAUUCAAAAUGUUGGGAUCAUGAACCAAAUAAGCGUCCUUCAAUGUCAGAAAUUUUUGAACAAUUAAAUUUCUUGAAAUUAGACCCCAGAUAUGAUGGUACUAAUUAG